AUGGAAGCUCUCGGUCAUGGACUUCCACCAUUGAACACUCUCACUCUCUCGCGUUGUGACUCUCAGAAACAACUUUUCAACAAGCCACUGGUGUUAAGGACAGGACACCGCCUCUAUUCUCCAUCCCCACCUUAUCUGAAACUCAGACCCCCUUUUGGGACUCGCCACAGUGGCUAUGCAAGUGUGGUAAAAAUGCAAGCAGUUGAUGAAGAUUAUGAGUUGAAGCAAAUGAAAGAUAUGGCUGCAGCUAGAAAGAGAUGGGAGACCCUGGUCAGGGAUGAGAAAGUCAAAGUUCUGACCCCAAGGGAAGCUGGGUAUGCAAUAAAACUUACCGACAAAACCCUACUUGAUGUUCGUCCGUCUAUCGAACGUAAAAAGGCAUGGGUUAAAGGGUCAACAUGGAUUCCAAUCUUUGAAGUUGACAGUAGAUUUGAUGCUGGAACUCUUUCCAGGAAGGCCACAAAUUUCAUGAUGGGAGGUUGGUGGACUGGCGUGCCUUCACUCUCCUAUGAUAAUAAAUUCUUAUCAAAAGUUGAGGAGAAAUUCUCGAAAGAUACUGAUCUUAUAGUGGCAUGCCAGAAGGGAUUGAGAUCUCUAGCAGCUUGUGAGCUACUGUACAAUGCUGGUUAUAGAAACCUUUUUUGGGUUCAAGGGGGUCUGGAGGCUGCCGAAGAAGAGGAUGUUGAAAGGGAAGGUCCUCAGCCUUUUAAGUUUGCAGGAAUUGGUGGGCUUUCAGAGUUCCUUGGAUGGACUGACCAACAAAGAGCUGCAGGUGCCAAGGAGGGUUGGGUUUACCGAUUAGUUUUCUCUGUCCGUCUGGUUGGAGUCUUUCUUGUUGCUGAUGCUUUGUUUCUUGGGGCACAGCAAGUGGGUCGUUAUCUUCAGGAUAUAAGGGCUCACUAAGGGACAAGAACUGGAUCUGAAGUUCUUUAUAUCCCAAGCAUCUAAGAGAUGAUGUUCUCCAUUUGAGUUCAUGCACCAGAGACCUGACAACUGCGACGUGCCAAGCAUCCCAAAUUUGGAAGCUAGAGUAUGAGUUUUCGGAAGUGGUUGUCAUACAUGUCUUUUUCAUGCUUUCUAUUUUUCAUGCACGCUGAGUCAAUUGAGUUGUAUUUCUGUAUGAUCUGUUGAGGUUAUUAUGGGGGUAUUUCCUCACCUAAUUUUUGUCAAACUCGUGCAUGCUUGUAAAAGGAGGUGUAAUGCGUGAGCUAUGCAUAUUUAGUUUCACUGCUUCAUAAGGAAUCUAUUCUGUGAUUUAGUGGCCAUUGAUUGUUUUUUAUUUUCUACAUAACUUCAUGUACAAGAAUCCAGCUUAGUUUUAGGAAUACUUGUCUCUCAGUUUGAUUUCUAGUUUUCUCUGAUUUAUUAUGAAUUUAAAUGAUAAA